GCGACAGAGCGCGCACUCUCACUUCCUGUUUCCGGUCCCCAUUCAACAUGAAUCCUCUGACCAAAGUGCGUCUGAUAAACGAGCUGAACGAGCGAGAGGCCAACCUCGGGGUGAAGGAGACGGUGUCCUGGCACUCGGAGUACUCGGACAGCGCUUGGAUCUUCGUCGGAGGGCUGCCGUACGAGCUCAGCGAAGGCGACAUCAUCUGUGUGUUCUCGCAAUAUGGAGAGGUGGUGAACAUAAACUUGGUUCGGGACAAAAAAACGGGGAAGUCCAAAGGUUUCUGCUUCAUCUGCUACGAGGACCAGAGGAGCACCAUUUUAGCCGUGGACAACUUCAACGGGAUCAAGAUCAAAGGACGCACGAUCCGCGUGGACCACGUGAAGGACUACAAACCGCCCAAAGACCACGAGGACAUCGAUGACAUCACGAGGAACCUGAGAGUGCAGGGCUGUGCGCCGAGCGUGCAGCAGGGGGCGGAGUCUGAAGAGGAGCAGGAGGAGCCACUGCCGCUGAAGAAGAGCAAGAAAGACAAAAAAGAGAAGAAAAAGAAGAAAGAAAAGAAAAAGAAAAAAGAGAGAGAGCAGCGUUCAGCGAGCUCCUCCCCAUCACCUGCUCCUGCUCGCCCCGGGGCAGGUGCGACAGGAGCGACAGGAGCGACAGGAGGUGUCAGAGUGAAGGACGAGAGACACGACGCGGGAUACGACAAAUACAGACACUCGCACGAACAACAGGGGGCGCUACGGAGCAGAGAGGAGGAGAGAGAGAGGGAGAGAACACAACGCAGAGGAGAGGAAGGGAGGAGGGUGGAGACGAGGAGAGAGGAGGGGAGGAGAGAGGAGGGGAGGAGAGAGGAAGGGAGGAGAGAGGAGGGAAGGAGAGAGGAAGGGAGGAGAGAGGAAGGGAGGAGAGAGGAAGGGAGGAGAGAGGAGGGAAGGAGAGAGGAGGGAAGAAGGGAGGAAGGACGGAGAGAGGAGAGGGAUAGAGAGAGGAAUUAUGAACCUGACAGACAUAGAGACAGGAGCAGAGAGCGAUACAGGGAGGACAGAAGGAGGGAGGAGACAAAGAGAGAUGAGACGGGGAGAGAGGAAGGGAGGAGA